AUGGCAUCCUCGGUGGGGUCCGACAUCUUCGCAUGCCUGGCUCUUUUGACCAUCUCAGUCGCCGUCUUGUUCAUCCUACGCCACUACCUGCCUCUACGAACCAGUCCUGCGUUCCUCCUCGUCCCAAUUUUCCUCGCCCUAGUCCUUCCCGCCAGCGCCCUCGUUUUAGUGCCUAUUGAUCUCGCAUCCAGCGCACGAGAAAGCAAUCAUGGUGGGAAAGGAAUAUGGUUACCACAAAGAGCUGUUUUGGUCUCGUGGAGGAUAGUCUACUGGUUGACCUUUGUCCUGACAUGGGUUGUCUUGCCUCUGUUGGGAGAAUACAUGGAUGCUGGAUACCGCGAACCCAAGUCCCGGCUGAUCUAUUCCCUGCGUUCCAAUGGCAGGUACCAGCUGAUUGUUCUGGUCUGCGCCAUCGCCGGUUUGAUCUACAUGAUCUUUUCCUAUGGCUUCGACUUCACCGCAAUCAGAGCCUUGGUCAUGGCCCUCGCAUAUGUGUGGGGUCUUGCUCUCGCCAUCUACCUGAUGGGCCAUGGGCUAGUCGCCAUCCCUAGGAGAAUGUUUCGAAAAGCAGAUAUAAGCGGCAGCCUGCGCCGCGUCCAGGGUCAGGCUCCAAGGGUACAUGAGAAGCUGGAGGACGCUGUUGUGGCACUUGAUGAGCUGGAAGCUCAAGUGAUGCAGCUCAAGCAAAGGAAAACUGGGAGUGCCCGAGAUUUUCAGGAUUGGAUUGAUGAAUUGGUGGACAUGACCGGUCAACCCGAGAGUCGAGUCUUCUCAAACGUCACCACCAUGGACGCCUCUUCCAAAGUCCCGGCCGUCAUUACCGAAAGAUACCUGGCGGACCUGACCCGACGACUAGUUCGAGCCAAACACCGACGAGCUAGAUACAUCCGGGAAUGGGACAACAUUGUGCAGACUGCCUCAGAUCUGCAAGCUAUCCUUGACUCCAGAGGCUCGCGGAAACUGAACUUUGGGCGUUCCAUGUCAUCACUCAGGUGGUCUCUCAUGACCCCAUCAAUGCGCUAUCAUCUAUACCUCCACAUCAUCCCCGCGGCCAGGAUAGCUCUUGGAGCCAUCCUCUCCCUCGCAUCGAUCGCUGUCAUUUGGUCUGAGAUUAUCAAGUUUCCUGCCCCGCACCUUUCGGCGGUCAGCCUCACCGUCAUUCAUCACCCAAGUGACAAGAACUAUCAAAUUGGCUUCGGCGGUCAACUCGUCGCUUCCAUGUGGAUUGCUUAUAUGUGCGUCUGCGCACUAAGUAGCAUGAACGAUGUUCCUACCUGGAAUCAGCGAGCACUGGUUAGAAGGAACACCUACGCUGAAUCUGCAUGCUGGUACGCGGGACAGAUUGCUAAACUGACAGUGCCGCUCGCGUACAAUUUCCUCACUUUUCUGCCCAAAGAUAUCCACCAAAAUUCGACGUUCUACAAUUUCUUGGGGAGGCUGAUCAACCUGACGCCGCUAGGGACCUGGUUUGAUUACCUGUUCCCAAUGUUCAUCCUUCUACCCGUGAUCAUGACAUUAUUUAAUCUAUAUGGCAAGAUCAAGAACGUGCUAGGCUUCGGCAUAUUGGAAAUCGAUGAAGACGAGGAUGAAAAUCCGUCCGGUUUCGGAACUGGAGGCUGGCGGGAAGGACGGGAUCUCAUCUCUCGAGAUCUCCAGGGGCAUCGACCGACAGCUACAUUGGGUAUUACAGAAUCCCCACGCUCGUCUGUGGAUAGGCCUCGCGGCGCACCGACCAGGGGGGUGCCCUCCGCUGACCGUGCAGGUGUUGGAAGCAACCGCACCACCGCAUCGAGUACGCUACACAACUCGGCAUCGGGUGGUAGGUUCAGAGAUAGACCUGCUUUGGAACCUGAGCCUGAUGAGGAGAAUUUCUUCACGCUGUUCGGACGAAGGGUGAAGAACACGAUUGAUACGAUCGAAACACCCAAGUGGAUGCAACCUUCGACGAAUCGAGGUAGAGCUGGUGGCGGAUUCAAACGGCCCCGAUGGUUAGGUGGACCAAGCGAUGAGGGCGGAGACAACAGCGAGAAUACCAGCAGUGCAAGUGGCAGCGGUGGUGGUUCCAAUAUCCUCGGGCUGUUUGGUGGCAGGACUCAGGACGGGAGAAUCAUGAUAUGA